GCGGGGAGGCGAGCCCGGGCGGGGACACCACAGGGGCAGGAGGAGGGAGUUCGGAAAGGAGGGAAGAGCGGCUAGGCUAGGGGAGAGUGGAACUGCGAGGCCGAGCGGGCCACCCCGGGCCACACCCCCCCUUGCGGGCGCCCGGCGGGGCUCGGCCCAGGCGGGGCGCCGCACAAAGACAUGCGGAGAGGGGCUGCGCGGGGCCGCGGCACAAAGACACCCGGGCGCUCGGCCGCGCGGGCUGCAGUAAUCACCUCCACGCCGAGCCCAGGGGCAGCGCGGAGCCACCGGCCGAGCGCACCCAGGGCCCGAGCGGGACUCCAGGCGGCCGCGCAGUCGGGGUGACCCAACACGCGCGGGGGCGGCCGCGUCCGAUCCCAACUUGGCCUCGGCCUCGCCCUCUGCCCAGUCUGCCGCCGCUGGUGUCCCCUCCUUCCCGCGAUUUCGUUUCUUCUCACGCUCCCCCCCCCCUCCCGCCUCCAGCACCGCUCUCCCCACCUUGUAAAACAAAGCCGGGGAAAAUGCCUGCCCGUGCAGCUCGGAGCGCGCAGCCCGUCUUGGAAUAAGGAGUGAGUACAAUGGCGUGUUAGUAAAAAAAAAAAAAAAAAAGAAAGAAAGAAAGAAAAGAAAAGAAAAAGAGAGAGAGAGAGAGAGAGAGAGAGAGAGAGAAAGAAAAAAAAUAAAACCAUCACGUCUGUGUUAAAAAAAAAAAAAAACAUUUUGAAUGCUGCAUGCCUCAUGCUUGCCAGCGCCUCGCGGGAGAGACCCGGCUAUACCGCAGGAGUGGCGGCCCCUGACUUGCUGGAUCCCAAGUCUGCCGCUCAGAACUCCAAACCGAGGCUCUCCUUCUCCGCCAAACCCACCGUGCUUGCUUCCCGCGUGGAGAGUGACACGACCAUUAAUGUUAUGAAAUGGAAGACGGUCUCCACGAUUUUCCUGGUGGUUGUCCUCUACCUGAUCAUUGGAGCCACUGUGUUCAAGGCGCUGGAGCAGCCUCAGGAGAUUUCCCAGAGGACCACCAUCGUGAUCAAGAAACAGAACUUCAUAACCGAUCAUGCCUGCAUCAACUCCACCGAACUGGACGAGCUCAUCCAGCAAAUAGUGGCAGCAAUAAAUGCAGGGAUUAUCCCCUUAGGAAACAGCUCCAAUCAAGUUAGUCACUGGGACCUCGGAAGCUCUUUCUUCUUUGCUGGUACAGUUAUCACAACCAUAGGAUUUGGAAACAUCUCCCCACGAACUAAAGGUGGAAAAAUAUUCUGUAUCAUUUAUGCCUUGCUGGGAAUUCCCCUCUUCGGCUUUCUGUUGGCUGGGGUUGGCGAUCAACUUGGGACCAUAUUUGGAAAAGGAAUUGCCAAAGUGGAAGACACAUUUAUUAAAUGGAAUGUUAGCCAGACCAAGAUCCGCAUCAUUUCCACCAUCAUCUUCAUCCUCUUCGGCUGUGUCCUCUUCGUGGCUCUCCCUGUGGCCAUAUUCAAGCACAUAGAAGGCUGGAGCACUCUGGACGCUAUCUAUUUUGUGGUUAUCACCCUGACGACCAUUGGAUUCGGUGACUACGUAGCAGGUGGCUCGGACAUCGACUAUCUGGACUUGUACAAGCCUGUGGUGUGGUUCUGGAUCCUCGUUGGGCUUGCUUACUUUGCCGCCGUCCUGAGCAUGAUCGGAGACUGGCUGCGGGUGAUAUCGAAGAAGACUAAGGAAGAGGUGGGAGAGUUCAGAGCCCAUGCCGCCGAGUGGACAGCCAACGUCACAGCCGAGUUCAAGGAGACAAGGAGACGGCUGAGCGUGGAGAUCUAUGACAAGUUCCAGCGGGCCACGUCCGUGAAACGGAAGCUCUCCGCAGAGCUGGCGGGGAACCACAGCCAGGAACUGACUCCUUGUAGGAGGACCCUGUCCGUGAACCACCUGACCAGUGAGAGGGAAGUCUUGCCUCCCUUGCUGAAGGCUGAGAGCAUCUAUCUGAAUGGCCUGACCCCUCAGUGUGCCGGCGAAGAGAUAGCUGUCAUUGAGAACAUGAAGUAGCUGCCUUUGGGAAGAGUCUGAGGUGUAGCCACAGGGCAGGGCUUCUCUAGGCUCUUGGGACUGUUGCUGGCAGCAUUUAAACGGUGUGUAUGAUGAGCUCAAAGGGAAAGCAAAUAGAUACAUCCAUCUGGUCACCUUACAUCCAGGGAGUUGGAGUCCUGCAGCGGCAGCCCUCUGGGGACUCGUGAGCUGUCCACUGAGUGGUAGUUGUGGAUAGGCAGUGUUGAUGCCUUUUCGUGCCCAGACUGUUGCCCUCCCCCUCUUUCCUACCGUGCCAUAAGGCCUCUGAAGGAAUUGGAAUGCUUUGGUAGUCAUGUAGCUUGGAGGAAUAUACCCUUGACUUUUCAGGGGUUGCCUAACUGAGCCUGGAUGCAGACCACUUAGGGAUGACAACAUUUCUUUUUGUAAAUGGCAAGAAACUCUCACGCAGCCUUUUACCUAAGAAAUUUCCUGGCAGUGCCUUAAUUUACGAAGAAACAGGACCCUCUCUUGUGGGCUUGUGGUUUCCCUUCCCUGCCCCCACCCUAGGCUGACCUCCGCUGACUCUUGUUUCCUCCUCCCCUUCACACACCGUACCUUGCUGGAAGCAAUGUGUAGCUUGAUGGAAGGAACAGAUGCCAGCCAUGGGCACAGAAAGAACACUCAGGAGCUCUGGUGUCACAAGACAACGCAGAGAAGGGAGGUCAGAGAAGGCCCUCUGAGUAUUUAUUUGACUGGGGUACCAAUGGUACAUCUAUAUAUAUGUACAGAGUAUUAAUUAUCCGGCCGGUAACAUCGGCUGCUUCUACAUAGCCCCCUUUUUUCCUGGCAGUAUUUGGAGUUUAUCAUUUAUUAAUAACUAGUCAUUUUUUAAAGGCAGAAGAAGUGAGCACAUACUUCUAUAAUCUAAGUGAUCUAAUAGAAGAAAAUGGUUCCAACUGAUAUCACAAAGUGAUUUCCAACAGUUGGUGUGAAUUCAUUCUGACGAAAAGAAAAUAGCGAAGCCGUGUAUGUGUAUUCGCUAAGAAAUGGCUCGCUGCCAGCGUGGACAAGCCCAAGGCACAGAAGGCUUAGACCCUUUAUUUUCUUGAGUGGCUCUUGCCAAAUUGUAGUGUUGGGUGAUGCCCAGAAAGAGGGAGUACAGCCCCAGCCACCUUAGAGUCCCUCUGCCGAGGUGACUGAGUGUGAGCACAAACGCUGGUCUAAGGGUCACUGGGACUUUUGGGUGUGAGCACAGACGCUGGUCUAAGGGUCGCUGGGACUUUGGGGUGUGAGCACAAACGCUGGUCUAAGGGUCACUGUGACUUUUGCACAUGGAAUGAUGCAGACUGCCAACCUACGUCGUCUCUAACAGUAGAGAAAAUGCUGAGUAGCACAAUUUAAGUCCCCAGAGUUAUUUUUUUUAAGAGAAGAAAAGGC